AUGCGGUUAAAGCCCAGAACGUGGGUAGCCUUGCCGCUGCUCUUAGACCUGAGUUCCAUCGUGCAAGGGACGCGGACGACUAACCGGGUCGCCGAUGCGCUUCGACGAUAUGCAGGCAACAGCAUCGCGAACAGCAGCCAUGUGUACCCUACGGACUUCGAGGGGGUCACCUGGGAUGACGAAAAUUGGAUCCUGUCAACGACGAAACUGGACCAAGGCAAGUUCCAGACCAGAGGCUCUAUGGCCAAUGGCUACAUCGGCAUAAGCGUCGCGAGUGUCGGCCCAUUCUUCGAAGUUGAUACGCCCCAGGACGGUGAUGACGCCAUCAGCGGUUGGCCGUUAUUCUCUCGCCGACAGUCAUUUGCAACGAUCAGCGGAUUCUACGAUGCCCAGGAAACCACGAACUCAACCAAUUAUCCGUGGCUGGGGCAAUACGGAUGGGACAGUGUCAUUAGCGGUGUGCCUCAUUGGAGUGGCUUGGUUUUGGAUCUGGGGAAUGGCACCUACCUGGACGCGACCGUCGACAACAAGACCAUUUCCCGUUUCCGCUCCACGUACGAUUUCAAAGCCGGGGUUCUCUCGUGGUCUUAUACAUGGACACCCAAGGGCGACAGGGGGUCUUUCCAAAUCACCUACCGUCUGUUCACCAACAAGCUGUAUAUCAAUCAGGCUGUGGUGGAUUUGGUAGUUGUCCCAAGCAAAGACUCGCAAGCAACGGUAGUCAAUGUUCUGGAUGGCGCAUCCGCUGUGCGUACCGACUAUGUAGAGUCCGACGAGGACGACCUGGCCAUUUACUCAGCAGUGCGACCGAACGGAAUCGCCAAUGUGACAGCCUAUGUCUACAGCAACCUGACUGGAAGCGCUGCAGUCGAUCUCUCCUCCCGGAAGCUUGUCACUGAUAAGCCUUACCUGAGUUCGGCAGACUCCUCGAUUGGUCAGUCGGUGGACAUCAAGCUCAAAGCAGGCCAGCCCGCUCGCGUCACCAAGUACGUUGGAGCAGCUUCGUCAGACGCUUUCGACAACCCGCAGCAAGUGGCCAAGGACGCCGCAGCGACUGGGCUGAAGAACGGAUUCAGCAAGUCUCUUCGUGCUCAUGUUUCAGAGUGGGCGAGUGUUAUGCCUGACAACUCGGUUGAUAGCUAUGCACUCCCAGGAAACGGUAGUUUGCCUGCCGAUAGCAUCAUCGUCGAUUCAGCGAUCAUUGCUGUUGCGAACACGUAUUACCUGCUGCAAAACACGGUCGGCAAGAACGCGAUCAAGGCAUCAUCAUCAGACCAUUUGAAUGAGAACAGCAUUGCUGUUGGUGGUUUGGUAUCGGACUCUUACGCCGGCCAAAUCUUCUGGGAUGCUGAUCUUUGGAUGCAACCUGGGCUUACGACUUCCCACCCUGAAGCUGCCCAGAGUAUCACAAAUUACCGAGUCAAGAUGUUUGACCAAGCGAAGGAGAAUAUCAAGACCUCUUAUGCUGGGUCUCAAAACAAGACUAAUUUCUCUCCUGCGGCGGCUAUCUUCCCUUGGACCAGUGGUCGGUUUGGAAACUGUACUGCAACGGGACCCUGCUGGGACUAUGAAUACCAUUUGAACGGUGAUAUUGGCCUCGCAAUGAUCAACCAGUGGGUUACGAGCGGUGACACCAAGGCUUUCAAGAAUGAUCUAUUUCCCAUCUUCGACUCGGCCGCGACGCUUUAUGCGGAUCUUCUGAAGCCCAAUGGGUCUUCAUGGACUCUGACAAACUUGACAGACCCGGAUGAAUAUGCCAACCACGUCGAUGCAGGUGGCUACACCAUGCCUCUUAUCGCUGAGACUUUGCGACGCGCCAACGAUUUCCCUAAUGUGCUCGUUCUGCGUGAGAAUGGAGUGACUCUGGAGUUUACGACUAUGAACGGCAGUGCUGUGGUCAAGCAGGCAGAUGUGGUUUUGGACACAUUCCCCUUGGACUACACGGCCAACUACACCACCCAGAACUCUUUGAACGAUCUUGAUUAUUACGCAAACAAGCAGUCGGCGGAUGGACCUGCUAUGACUUGGGCUAUCUUCUCUAUCGUUGCAAAUGCCAUGUCACCGUCUGGAUGCUCUGCAUAUACAUAUGGACAAUACGCUUACAAGCCCUACACUAGAGCUCCAUUCUUCCAAAUGUCUGAGCAGCUCAUUGAUAACUCGACCACCAACGGCGGAACCAACCCAGCUUUCCCCUUCCUGACUGGCCAUGGUGGAUCCAACCAGGUCGUCUUGUUCGGCUACCUCGGACUCCGGCUUCUUCCCGAUGACUUCUUGCACGUCGACCCUGAUUUGCCAUUGCAAAUCCCCUAUCUGAAGUAUCGAACAUUCUACUGGCGAGGAUGGCCGAUCUCAGCCUGGUCAAACUACACUCAUACGACAAUGAGUCGGGCAGCGGACACACCUCCUCUGGAUACAGCCGACCAGCGCUUCGCAAACAAGAGCAUCACCGUCCGUGCGGGCCCAACAACCAAAGCCAGGACUUACCACCUCCCGACCAACGGAUCGGUUGUGAUUCCCAAUCGCCAGAUAUCUGCCAAAAGGACAGUGGCCGGGAACCUUGUGCAAUGUCAAACCGUGGCGUCACUCGACUCAUACGAGCCAGGUCAAUUCCCUAUUGCUGCCGUCGAUGGUGCGGCUUCCACCAAAUGGCAGCCUUCGCUGGCAUCUAACUGGAGCUCUAUCACUGUGUCACUUGGUGACGAAGUGGGAACGCCUGUGUCCGGGUUCUAUUUCGACUGGGCUCAAGCUCCGCCCGUCAAUGCAACCAUAAUUUUUCACAACCAAACUCUCACCGAUGCCACCAUCGGCUCGCCCUUGUCCAGCGAUGAGGCAGGCUACACGGUGGUGAGCUCAUUGCGGGAUAUCAAGAUCUCGAACCCUUACGACGAGGCAACCACCGAUCUCGAUGCGAUUGCCAUCCCGGUUGGGAACACAACAGACGUCACCCUCGACAACCCUGUCCCCGCAGCGCGGUAUGCUUCGCUCUUUAUCGUGGGCAACCAAGCUCUGGGCGAUAUUGACGUCAAGUAUAAAAACGGAACUGGAGCCACCGUGGCUGAAUGGGCUAUUAUCAGCUCAACCAACCAGUCAUCCACCGUCCAUGCCCAGAGAAAGCUUGGCGUUCGUGCUGCACCUGCGGACUCAUAUUCUAAUUCGUUCAUGCGCCGUCGCGCGUUUCUUCGGGAUUAA